UGUUGAUGGAAUAUAUGAAAUAUUGAUGAUCCUCCUUAUUUUAUUUACUAACUCAUUGGCUGGCAUUUACGCGGAUGGACGUCCAUUUUUUUUUUUUAUUGGGAAAAACCAAAGCUGAUAAAGAAUGCGAGUAAUAUUCAUGGAAUGGAAAGAAUGACAUCUGCUACUCUUCCCGAAAGCUGAAAGACUUGAAGGGGAGGUGAGUAGGACUUUGGUUUGGCAAGGUAUUUUCUUAAAUGUGGACCAUGCAGAACCAACCCAACCCAUUUUUAAAUCACACAAAAAACACAGAGCCUACAGAAGACAAGAAGGAACACUGAAAUGAAGACUUUUCCAGUUUUUAUCCUGUUUUUCCUGAUUUUGCCAACUGAAAUUUCUUCAUCAAACCCAUCCUCGGGAUGCAGUCCAGAUGUUACAGCUCUCAAACGCAGCAUACGGAAACUGGAAAACAAACUCCUCAUAGGCGCUUGGCAGGUGGAACACUUUCAGAGGCAUAAAUUCUUCCGUCCGAUUGCACCGAGUCCGAGUCUGACAAGCCCCAACAAUGGCAGCGGGAUGUUGGAAAGCUCCAACUCGACCCUUGUGAAGCCUCUUCCACCAGCAGGAAACCUGAUUGUCCAUGACAGAGAUUGUUCUGAGCUGUUUGACAGAAUAAGACCACCCAGCGGGUUUUAUCGCAUCAGGCCCAGAAUCUACCAGGAGCCCGUUUUGGUCUACUGCGACAUGGACGAUGGAGGAGGUUGGACGGUGUUCCAGAAACGGCGACAUGGAAAAGUUGACUUUAACAGAGACUGGGUGGAUUAUCGGGACGGUUUUGGUGACUUUAAACUGUGGAAUGACGAGUUCUGGUUGGGAAAUGAACACAUCUAUGCUCUGCUUUCGGAAGGUAAGAAUUUGGUGAAGAUUGACCUAAUGGACUGGGAGGGACAGCGAAAUCACGCAUAUUACGAGAACUUCCGCAUCACAAAUGAAGCUGAUCGCUACCGCCUCAAGUACAGGCUUUACAGUGGAAAAGCUGGGGAUGCUUUGGCAGGUGGAAGCGGCAUGGUGGAGCGGUGGUCCGCGGGCCUCAAUGGCAUGCAGUUCAGCACUAAGGAUCAGGACAAUGACCGUUACCUUCAAGGUAGCUGUGCCCAGGAGAACAAUGCAGGUUGGUGGUACAACAGAUGCCACAUGGCCAAUCUGAACGGAAAGUUCUACCGCAAAGGGGAAUACAAAGGACAAAAUGACAAUGGUGUGGUGUGGGGCACAUGGAGGGGCCUUUGGUACUCCCUAAGGCACACUACCAUGAAAGUGCGCCCCCUGCUUUUCUUGGAUGCCAUGGGCAGCGGUGGCGGGGAAGGUUAACUAAACUAGUCACUUCAUUCUGCAAAGUACCGUAUACAGUGAUCCCUCGCAGAUCAGACCAGUGCGGAUUUUUUUUUUCUAAUUAAAAAAACAAAAAAAAUACAGAUGAGCUGUCCCAAUUCGAUCAUGUAGUCUCACUCUUGCGGCUUUUCUUGGUCAGGCAGUGCACUGGAGUUGCUUAUAAAAGUUACCGAUGAUUGACAGACGUCAAGGUUCGAUCUUGCCAAAGAAGCCGAAACGUUCUAAGCGAAAUAAUCGUUUAGCUUGUUAAACAGUUGCUGUGGCAACUAGAGGCGUGCUAAAUUUCCGAUUCUUAGAAUAUUCGUGAUUCGCCUGAGGAAGAUUCGAGAACGAUUCACAAGCAUCCAAAUUUAUGAAAGCGGAAAUAAAACACAGUCAGCGCGGUCCUCGGGACGGAAUGAGGAACGGACCGAGAGUAAAUAUCAUGUUAAAUUCAUGCCGCCAGAUAAAAAAAAAAAAGAAAAAAUUAGGGCUGUCAAAAUUAUCGCGUUAACGGGCGAUAAUUAAUUUUUUAAAUUAAUCACGUUAAAAUAUUUGACGCAAUUAACGCACAUGCCCCGCUCAGAUUAAAAUGACUGCAGUGUAAUGUCCGCUUGUUACUUGUUUUUUGUUGUUUGGCGCCCUCUGCUGGCGCUUGGGUCCAAAUGAUUUUAUGGGUUUGGGGAGUGAGCAUGGCGUAAUGACAUCAACAAUGGCGAGCUACUAGUUUAUUUUUUGAUUGAAAAUUUUACUAAAUCUUAAUAAAACGAAAACAUUAAGAGGGGUUUUAAUAUAAAAUUUCUAUAACUUGUACUAACAUUUAUCUUUUAAGAACUACAGGUUUUUCUAUCCAUGAAUCGCUUUAAGAGAAUGUUAAUAAUGUUAAUGCCAUCUUGUUGAUUUGAUGUUAUGAUAAACAAAUACAGUACUUAUGUACCGUAUGUUGAAUGUAUAUAUCCGUCUUGUGUCUUAUCUUUUCAUUCCAACAAUAAUUUACAGAAAAUAAUGGCAUAUUUUAUAGAUGGUUUGAAUUGCGAUUAAUUGCGAUUAAUUAAUUUUUAAGCUGUACUUAACUCGAUUAAAAAUUUUAAUCGUUUGACAGCCCUAGAAAAAACACCUGACUGCGGCUGAUAGCCGCUACAAACCGCGCCCAGUUGCUACAAACAUACGGAAACAUACGGCUAUGGUAGAUAUCACAUAUAUGUAGAACUAGAUGCGAAAUGAUAGGCUUGCCGGCGCUAGUAAACAGCCGCCAUCUUAAAGCAGUGGACUUCUCUAGAAGGCUCUGUUGUAGCGAACCUAAUUACUUUUGAUCCAAAAUACCCUAAAUUGGCAAAAUCUUGACUUGAAUCUAUCUUUAAAUGAUGAAAUAUUUUUAAAACUUUGACAUGUCAAAAGCAGACAGAAGGGAAAUUAUGGAAUAACGGGAGCAAUUUUAACAACUUUAACGGUUGAUUCACAAUAUUAAAUGAAUUGAAUUUAGUUUAAAGCUGCUGAUACAGAAUGGGGACUUGAGCAUUUUAUUUACUUUUUUUUAACUGUUAAGUUGAUACUGAAAUAGUAGUUUGGUUUAGCCUGAGAUGAUUUUUGAACAAUUUUGUAACCAAUGUACAAAACAUUAAAAAUAGGGGGUCUGGGGGGUGAAUUAAUAAUCGAUUUAUAAUCGAAUCGGAGCCUCUGAAUCGUAAUCGAAUCGUUAGGUGCCCAAAGAUUCCCACCUCUAGUGGCAACUCAUUGUGUGUAUGUGAGCAGCUUAAGCGGGUUUGGGUGGACUCACUCAAUGAAGCAUUUAAUAAGAACAACUAUUUUUCUACUUUAUUUUUGUUUAAAAAAUAAUUAGAUGGGACAGUACCAUGUUUAAAUGUUAUCAUAAUUAUUACAUUUGAAGUGCUUAAAAACCAUUUAUCAAAAUCAAUUUAUACAUAAAAGUUUUUUUUUGUUGAAAUUAUACUUUGGGGAAAAAAGUGAAAAAACAUGUCUUAUAAUGUAUGUAUCCUUUCCAAUACUAAAUUUGAAAAAUACAUUGAACACACACACACACAAAAAAAGUUUUUUUGGGGUGGGGGCCUUCUUUGUGGUUUUUCACUUAUUUUGGCGGGUUCUGGUCCCCAUUACAGGGAAAAACGAGGGAUCACUGUAUUCAGCACUAUAAGACGCACCUAAAAACCUUCAAUCGAUAGUGCACCUUAUAAUCCGAUGCGCAUUAUAUAUGGAUCAAUAUUGUUUAAUCAUGGCAUGACAUUCAUUUUAGCACAGCUCUGUCUAGUAACACACCAUAACCCCAACCACUUCUACUACUACUACUACUACUACUACUACUAGCAAUGCACCUUAUAAUGCAGUGUGCCCUAUAUACGAAAACGGUUUUAAAAUAGGUCAUUCAUUGAAGGUGCGCCUUAUACUCUGAUGCGGUACGGUACGAUACGGUAUAUUGUAUUUCAUUAACUCUGAUGACGGGCUGUUUCAUUACUCUUUGAUAGUAAAAUAUCAGAAGAUGAUUGAAAGAU